CUCUCCCAGCGGCGACCGCAGUCGACGCACGCUCAAGAACUCUCUUUACUCCUCCGACACAAUCACCACCGCCAGAUCCACCGCACUCCACUCUCUCUCUCUCUCCGUGGACUGUGUUGAAAAUUUUGAAUCGCCGCGACCAGCUGAGCUGGUCCCGAAGCUUCUUCCCCCCCCCCCCCCCGCCCGGCCGAGAUCGCCGUCGAAGCUAGCUCCCCUCCCCUCCACCGACGAUGUCGCGGCGCGGCGGCCUUCUGGCGGCCCUCUCGCUCCUCUGCGCCUCCAUCUCCGCCUCCUACGGCUCCGUCCACGAGUACGGCGGCGACCGGUUCGUCAGCAAGGGCAACGCCUUCUUCUUCCACGGCGGCAGCGAAGGAAUCUACUCUUCCUCCUCCCCGACUUCCAGCCCCAACGACACCGCCGCCGCCGCCGCCGUUCCCUCCGACGGAGAGUCCUUCAUCAAAUUUGAAAAGAUUAAGUUCCGGAGACCCAAGGAAUAUGCAAACUUUAGUUCCGAGUUGAUACAAGCCAUUGUUUUUGAGGUGGAAGAUAGGGAGAUUAUUGGGGGUUCAGCCUAUGGUGGUCAAAGAGCAGUCUGCUGUACAGCUGAUCUUGCUAAGCUGGGUGUCUGCAAGCAGGGUCGGAUCAUUCACCGACCUUCUAUGAAGAACGUUGACUGGCCGCAGGUGUUUGGCGUCUCGUUUGGAAUGGAUGAUCAGGUUGUGACGAUGCCUGCGAAAUCAAUACCAAUAACAGGAACUGGGAUGUAUAAUUUGUAUUUUAUCCACUGUGAUCCUAAUCUCAAGGAGUUGACUAUCGAGGGGAAAACAAUUUGGAAAAACCCUACUGGGUAUCUGCCAGGUCGAAUGGCACCUCUUAUGAACUUCUACGGUUUCAUGUCCUUUGCUUUUGUGAUACUUGGAGUCUUUUGGUUCUCUCAGUAUGCCAGAUUCUGGAGAGAAGUUCUUCCACUGCAGAACUGCAUAACCCUUGUAAUAACCUUGGGCAUGUUUGAGAUGGCGUUGUGGUAUUUCGACUAUGUUGAAUUCAAUGAGACUGGAAUCAGGCCCAUUGGGAUCACCGUGUGGGCAGUUACUUUUGGAACUAUCAAACGAACGGUUGCGCGUCUGAUUAUUCUGAUGGUUGCAAUGGGCUACGGCGUUGUUAGGCCUACUCUAGGUGGGAUUACCUCGAAGGUCAUUAUGCUUGGACUGACCUUCUUUCUGGCAUCUGAAGUCCUUGAGUUGGUGGAAAAUGUGGGUGCAGUCAGCGAUCUUUCAGGGAAAGCAAGACUUUUUUUGGUUCUUCCAGUGGGUAUCCUGGAUGCUUUUUUCAUCUUGUGGAUAUUUUCCUCCCUCUCUGCAACUUUGAGUAAGCUUCAGGCUAGAAGGAUGAUGGUUAAACUGGACAUCUACAGGAAGUUUACGAAUGCUCUGGCAGUUGCUGUGAUCGUAUCUGUUGGUUGGUUAUGUUACGAGCUCUAUUUCAAGUCAAAGGAUGUCUACAACGAGCUUUGGCAGAAUGCAUGGGUCAUUCCUGCCUUCUGGCAAGUCCUGUCGUUCUCUCUUCUUUGUGUCAUAUGUGCUCUUUGGGCUCCAUCUCAGAGUUCAAUGCGAUAUGCCUACUCAUCGGAGGCAGGAGAUGAAUUCGACAAAGAAGAAACCAACUUGAUACUUAUUAAGCCAUCACCCACACCAUCAAAGGAUGUCCAUAGUGUGCAGGAUGCUAGGGUUGUGCACGGCAGCAAUGGAGCAGCAGAUGGGAUGGAAGAGAAGACAGAGUAAAGUUGCAGCUGAAUUAUGUUGCUGUGAGGAGGUUCACUUGUUAAUCUUUUGACACUCGGUGACAAGACAUAACAGUUCGUUAGCCUCUCCAUCGUACCAAGCGCAAAAGUUUUCAGAAAACGGGUUCUUGUCAUAGAGAUCUUCACUUAAAAUCAAUGUGCCUCCUAUCUUUGUAGAUCUUUUACUUUGAUUUAUUUGUUCAUCUGGUCAUUGUAUACAUUACUGAUAGUUACAGACACGAUAAACAGAAAUGAGUACCAGUUGUGUUGAACUCAUCUUCUUAUGGACAUAUGGUCCUGUUGCUCUAGUUUCGAAGGAGAGGUUUAAGCAUGGAUUCAGUCCAUUAACGUGCUUCAUUUUCAUAAUGUCAUUUUGAUGCCUUGUCAAA